CGGGCGGACUUAGCUUUGAGGAUGAGGACACUCUCACUUGAAGUGAGGCUUGGAGAAGAAGCCGCGUCCAAAAAGUCGUCAUAGAGCAACGUCAAGUGUGUCGGACGCCCAGCAGCGGGACAGUGACGAGGGGCUUGGAGCAGCGGGACGGUGACGAGGAGCUUGGAGCAGCGGGGCGGUGACGAGGGUCUUGGAGGAGCGGGACAAGAGCGGUACGAGUGGCCGGGCGACGCCAUCGAUGACGGGCUGCUGUGUUCACACAGGUUGCUAGUUAGCUCGCUGCCGUUAGCCGUCUUCCUCCGCUGCCCAGCCACUAAACGCCUCCCGGGGACAACUUUUACACCAAAAAGACAUUUCCCCCACCGGUACUUUGCUCGCUAACUCCCUCACAAUGUGCUGCUUUUUGGGACGUUUAUCCAGUUGGCCGGCCGCUAGCAUCGGCUGACCGAAGCGACUUUACUCUUUUUUUUUUUCCUACAAUUUUUUUAUUUUUUUUAAUAUCGCCUUUUUUGUAACAAUUUUAACGACAAACUAUUCCUGUCGGACUAGUUUAGAAUUAUUAUUUUUUUUAGACUAAAAAAAGUUUUCCUGGAGGAUUUCUUCCCCCCCCCGCCUGUGGAAAAUGGAUGCGGGCAUAGAGAAGGAAUGCAGCGCCUUGGGAGGGCUCUUCCAGCUCAUCAUGACCGACAUGAAGGCCAGUUAUCCCACGUGGGAGGACUUUGUCUCCAAAGGAGUCAAACUUCAGUCGCAGCUCAGGACGACAAUCCUGGUGACAGGAGCCUUCCUGGAUGCCUUUCAGAAGGUGGCCGACAUGGCGAUGGGAGCCAGAGGCGCUACCAAGGAGAUUGGCUCGGCGCUAACCAGGAUGUGUAUGAGACACCGCAGCAUCGAGUCCAAACUUAAAGUCUUUACCACAGCUCUCUCAGAAAGUCUCAUCACCCCGUUAGAGCUGAGGAUGGAGGAGUGGAGGAAAGCCGCCAGUCAGCUGGACAAAGAUCACGCUAAAGAGUACAAAAAGGUGAGAGCAGACAUCAAGAAGAAGUCGUCAGACACCAUUAAACUGCAGAAGAAGGUCAAGAAAGGCAAGGACGAAGUGCGCAGCCAGCUGGACAGCGCCUUGCAGGACGUCAACGUACGAUACGCCGUCCUGGAGGAGACGGAGAAGAGGGCCGUGUGCCGAGCGCUUGUGGAGGAAAGAGCUCGCUACUGCAGCUUCGUGACCAUGCUGAAGCCUGUGCUGGACCACGAGAUCAACAUGCUGGGCGAGGUGACCCACCUGCAGGCCAUCCUGGAAGAUCUCACCGCCCUGACAGCUGAGCCCAAUAAACUCCCACCAGCCAGCGAGCAGGUGAUUCUGGACCUGAAAGGGUCUGACUUCAGCUAUGCCUACCAGACGCCUCCAGCCUCUCCUGGUAACACGCUUUCCAGGAAGAGCAGCGUUAGCAGUUACCAGUCGGGAUCAGUGAGGCACGUUCCCUCCCUGGACUCUAUCAGCUGUGCCGUGGAUGGAGUGCACCUCCAGGAUGCGUUUGGCUCCAGCAACCAGCUCACUCUGAUGGAAGCGAGAGGUGAAAAUGGCCUCCUGGCCCCCCCGCACAGUGCGUACACUCAGUACGGGGAGAGGGUCCGGGCCAUGUCCGCAUCCGGCAAGUCCUGCUCUGCCCGGGAUCAGCUGGCCUUGACCCUGGGUGUGUUGAACUCGGAGUUGCCGCGGAGCAGCCGGGACUCGCUGCACUGUUCCAGUGGUUACAGCACGCAGACGACCACGCCGUCCUGCUCUGAAGACACCAUCCACACACACGCUGUAAAGAGAGACCCUCUCCUCUAUGGAGGUCUGGACCUGGCCAUCGAGGGUCCGUCCAAGGCAGAAAUCAGCUGUGUUGACAACAAGGACGGCACCUGCAGCGUCAGCUACCUGCCCACGCUGCCGGGAGACUACAACAUCCUGGUCAAGUACAACAACAAACACAUCGCCGGCAGCCCCUUCGCCGCCAAGAUCACUGCGAGAGGCAAACGCGAGGCUCAACAAUUCUGA